UUCCCAGGUCAUCCUCCCCUAAAAUGACGCAGCAGAUGCGGGACCUGCAGCUGGCACAGGCCAGGAAGCCACCGGGCCCUUCCUCACCAAACGCUGCCAAGAGGCUCUACCGAAACCUGUCAGGGAAAUUCCGUGUCAACUACACCUCCUUCGACGAGGGCAGCCUGGUGGGGCGGGGAGAGAAGGAGAAGCUCCGCAAAUCCUACCUGUUCCAGAGCAAUGCUGCCCUCUUUGAGGCCGUGGAGCUGCAGGACCUUGACAGGGUGCAGGAGCUGCUGAAGCAGUACAGCCCUGAAGAGCUGGACCUCAACACCCCCAACAGUGAGGGGCUCCUGCCCCUSGACAUUGCCAUCAUGACCAACAAUGCUCCCAUUGCCAGGGCCCUGCUGCAGGCAGGAGCCAAGGAGAGUCCACACUUCGUGAGCCUGGAGAGCCGCUCGCUGCACCUGUCCACGCUGGUGCGGGAGGCAGAGCAGCGCGUCAAUGAGCUGAUGGCGCAGGUGGUGAACGAGGCGCCCAACGCCGACUGCUCCGAGAAGGAGAAGCAGCUCAAGGCCUGGGAGUGGCGGUUCCGGCUUUACAAGCGCAUGAAGGCAGGGUUUGAGCAUGCCCGAGUGCCAGAUGCCCCCAGCAGUGUCCACCUCUCUGUGGCCAGCAGCUCCUCACUGCAGGUGACUUUCUGGGAGCCCUUGAGUGUCAACUCGGCCGUUGUCACCAAGUACAAAGUGGAGUGGAGCUGCUCCCCCACGUUCUCGCCGCUGCUGGGAGAAGCUGUGAUCGACAAGCUGAAGGACCUGCACUUCACCAUCCAGGGACUGGUGUCGGGCGUGGCGUACCACGUCCGUGUGUCUGCCUACAACAUGAAGGGCUGGGGUCCCCCGCAAGCCUCGGUGCCCCCCUCUGCCAUCCCUUCCAACUGGCGGGAGUACGAUGGCCGGGCCCCACGGCGCAGGGGACAGGCUGAAGCUCUGGACCAUCUGCUGGGCCAGGUGAAGACCGUCCACCAGCACUGCGUGUGCCACGAGCCCUGCAAGAACCAACCCCAGAGCAGAAAGCACUCAGUCUCCAAGAGCCUCAAGCACCUCUUCCAUCCUGGCAGCAAGUUUCUCAAGACGCUGAAGCGGGGCCUCUAUCUGGCAGCCAUCUUCUAUAAGGACGACAAYAUCCUGGUGACCCACGAAGACCAGAUCCCCGUGGUGGAGAUUGAUGACACCUACUCCUGCCUGCUCAUGCAGGAUUUCCUCUGGUUCACCAAGGUGUCAUGCAUGUGGGACGAGAUCCUGUGGCUGCGGCAGUGUGUCACCGUGUCCCAGUCCUCCUGCUCCUGCAUCCUGCAGACACGCUUCAAGAUGCUGCUGGCCAUCUCGCAGAUGCAGGGGCUGCUGGGCAUCCAGGACCUGGGGCAGGUCUUCUUCGAGCCUGUCAAAGACAAACAGGGCAACAUCCUSAUCGUCACCCUGAAGGAGGUGAAGACCAACCAGACCUUCGAGAGUGUCCGCUGGGUUCCCAUUUGCAAGCUGCAGAGCAGCCGCAAGUCUGUGUCCUCGCCGGAGGAGCCCAGCGCUCUGGACAUGCUGCUCAUCUCCAUCCAGGACAAGCUGUCUUACCACCAGCAGAGCAGCCGAGCCCUCUCCCCAGGCCUCUACCUGGGCUACCUGAAGCUGUGCAGCGCCGUGGAUCAGAUCCGAGUGCUGGUGCCAGAGCGACGCCCCAACAUCCUGUGCCACGUCAAGAUUCGCUCCAACCCCAACAUCUCCAGGGAGGAGUGGGAGUGGCUGCAGAAGAUGACCAGUGUGGAGGAGCCUGUUCCCACAGAGCCAGAGGCUGACACGUCCCAGAAUCCCUUGUUUCAGCAGCUCCAAGUGGCCAUCAAGGAGCUGAUGACCCUGGUGAACAUCCCGUUGCAAGAGGCCAAAGAUUUCCGUCUGUACAGCCAAGAGGUGUUGGACUUUGGGGAUCAGGUCUCCUUCCUGCUGCUGCUGCCUCCAUCAGAUGACGUCUGCACAGCUCCAGGCCAGAACAACCCCUACACCCCUCACUCCGGCUUCCUCACGCUGCCRCUGCAGAUCUUCGAGCUCGUCCACUUCUUCACGUACGACCGGGAGUUCAUCACUCAGUACUGCCAGGUGUCUGCCCUGCUGGAGCUGGAGUCACUCCUGUCCCAGCAGAGCCUCAGGGAGGCUUUCUCAGAUGCCGAGCUCUCCACAGCCAAGCAGAGGCACCAGCAGGUUCAGGACUACAUCCAGCAAAUGGAGGAGAUCUGGCGAGAGAUGCGCUGGAUCAUGGAUGCCCUGCAGCACGCCCGCUACAAGCAGCCCUCCUGUGGGGUCUCUCUCAGCGGCUUCRUCAGCGAGGCGGCGGGGGCAGCGAAGGAGAAAACCCGAUCCUCCUCGUCCCACCUCGAGUACCUUCCGUCRCCGGUGCCCUCGCCAGAGACCAGCCGCAAGCUCAACUCGGACUCGCACGGGCUGUCGGAUGAGGAAGGCUCYUCCGAGGUGUUCCUGGCCACCGACAGCGACUACGACUCGAGCCGGGCGCAGAGCCCGAAGGAGCUCGACCUGGUGUACUCCUCAUCGGGGCCUGAGUGCUGCAGCCGGAGGGUCGCCCGUACCCUGCGUGACAGCGCCCCGGAUGUCCUGCAGAGCCACGAGCUCAAGAGCCCAACCCCGCUGCCGCCACCGCCGGAGCAGCCCCAGCCGCCGCCAGAGCUUUACGACAGCGACUUUGUCCUGCCCAGCCGGCAGAUUGAGCUGCUGCGCAUCACGGAGAAGCGACAGGCAUACUGCGUCCGGACCAGCAGCCUGGACUUCCCCAAGGCCCACUGCCCCUCCCCGAGAAAGUCGUGUCCCGGCUCUGUGGACAGCUCCCCGACGCAGAGCAGGACYGCGAGCCACUGUGGCCAGCUCAGACUGGCGGCUGGCUCCACACCCAGCCCCGAGCACCAGCGGGGUGGGCAGGGUUCUGAGCUSGUCUGCCGGACACGCUUGGAUGAGUGGACUCAGAACUUGCUGGAGCAGGAGCCAGAGCAGCCCGGGGACUUGGCCGACCAAGGGAAGAAGCUGGGCUCUGUCACCUUGCAGGUCUGCCCUCAGUACGAAACGGGACUCUCCAAAGAGACCAGUGUCAAGCUGCACAUCACCAGCCAGACGCCCGCCAGGGAGGUGGUGAAGUUGGUGGUGCUGGAGAUGAACAGCAUUUCACGAGAYGUGCUGGGCUGCUCGGCCGCCAUCUGCUAUGGUGAGGAGCAGCUGGAGUGCUUUGGACUGGUGUUCGCCGCCGACGAGAGYGAGCAGUGGCUCCCGGAUGAGUUCCUGCCUCUGUCCCUGCACAGCAGCCGGCCCGAGGGGCGGUUCUACGUGCGCAUCAAGGAGACGUCCCCUCUGGUGCUCCAGUACGGGCCAGCCACCACUGUAUGAGAGGAGGAGAGCCGCGGGACCAUGCGGAGACCUCGGCUUCCAGAGAGCAGACAGCUCGUCUCUGAUGCUUCCUUCUUCCACAGACACCCUCUCAUCAGGCAUCCRCGGGGUGGAAUGGGAUCAUACUGGGCGGUGUGUUAUUUGUGCUAUUUUUUAAUUUUUUUUUUUAACCAAAGAGACGUCGAGACUCAGUUUUUCUGAGUGGACAAGAGGAGGGUGGAGUGUGGAGACCUCAGAGYUCAGAAGGAAUCUCUACAGGAAUGGAAUUUUUGAAAGUAAACAUUUUAAGGAGAAAGAGUGGGGAGAGAGAGAGGAAAGUUAUGACAAGAAGAAGCAGCAAUACUUUUUUUCUCCCCUUUUUUUUCUGAAAAAUCUUGUUUGGGAUUCACUGAAGGCAAAGCCACAGAGGAUUGCUGGGGAGGGCUGUGGUGUCAGUGAGGAGAGGGCAYGAGUCACAAGGACAAUCCUGGUUUUCCUAUCUGCCCUCCUUUCACUGCACCUGGAGAAAUGAUUCUUGCACAUAGUUCUUGUAACAAAAUUAUAUUAUUUUUAUUCUGCAAAAAGUCAACGAUCCUUGUGCCAGAGCCACUGGAGGUGGUACAGGUGCAGACCCUUUGACGUGUGUCCGUGGCCCCCACGCAGCCAGCCCCCUGCACUUGCAGCCGUGCUGAUACCACACUAGAGGUUUGCUAUAGGGCAUCUCCCGCAACUCCCUGGGCUUCUCCGUCCCCCUGGGUGMUGUUUUGUUCUGGUGAUUGUGCUUCUCUUGUCUGUCUUACAGCAUGACAUUUUGUUAGCCCCUAGGUCUCCUGUUAACAAGGUUACUUUCCUGAUCUCCCGUGGUCCAUAGUAAAGGUGACUGCUGCUAACYGCAUAUCCCUUGUCCUUCUUGUGGCUCAGCGCGUGGCACUCGGUCAUCCAUCCCCCAAACCAGCCCUGAUUCCAAGGGCUGCGCUCCUCUUUCCCAGGAAUGUUUAGUGGGAURCUUUCCAUGCUGUGAAGCGUUACCUUAACACACAAAUCACACGUGUGGGAGUAAAGUACRAGUCAAAAAUUCUCUUCUGCUCUUCAUUUCUCUGUGAGGCAGUGAGAUAAGCUUAGGCRAGCCAAGGCAUCACUUCC